AUGGCCCAGCGAAGGAGGGGGACAGCUGUCCAUUAUUCCUCGUCCAAAAUGGCUUCUGAGGUACCCACAGCUGCGUCCAAGGUCUCUGGCAGGAAACACAACAUAUGCAUGGUGUCUGACUUCUUCUAUCCCAAUAUGGGUGGAGUGGAAAGCCACAUUUACCAGCUAUCCCAGUGUCUAAUUGAAAAGGGACACAAGGUGGUGAUUGCCACCCACACCUAUGGCAGGAGGAAGGGGGUCCGGUACCUGACCAAUGGACUGAAGGUCUACUACCUCCCCCUGCAGGUGAUGUACAACCAGUCAACAGCCACCACCUGUUUCCACAGUCUGCCAUUACUGCGUUGUGUGUUCGUCAGAGAACGCAUCACUGUGGUGCAUGCACAUAGCUCCUUUUCCGCCAUGGCUCAUGAUGCCCUGUUCCACGCCAAGACCAUGGGCCUUAACACGGUGUUCACUGACCACUCACUCUUUGGCUUUGCGGACGUGAGCUCGGUGCUGACCAAUAAGCUUCUGACAGUGUCCCUGUGCGACACCAAUCACAUUGUGUGUGUGUCGUAUACCAGUAAGGAGAACACGGUGCUCCGCGCGGCACUCAACCCAGAGAUCGUGUCCGUCAUUCCCAACGCUGUUGACCCCACAGACUUUACUCCUGACCCCUCGCAGCGCCAAGACGACAGGAUCACUAUUGUUGUGGUCAGCCGACUCGUCUACCGCAAAGGAAUUGACCUUCUUGGUGGAAUAAUCCCAGAGCUGUGCCUCAAACAUCCUGAUCUGCAUUUCCUGAUUGGUGGUGAGGGGCCAAAGAGAAUCGUGCUGGAGGAAGUGAGAGAGAAAUACCAGCUACAUGACAGGGUGCGUCUCCUGGGCGCUCUGGAGCACAAAGACGUGCGUGGAGUUCUGGUGCAGGGUCACAUCUUCCUCAACACCUCCCUCACAGAAGCUUUCUGCAUGGCCAUAGUGGAGGGAGCCAGCUGCGGGCUGCAGGUGGUUAGCACCCGUGUAGGGGGGAUUCCAGAGGUUUUGCCAGAGGACUUGAUUACCCUCUGUGAGCCCACUGUACGGUCUUUGUGUGCGGGUCUGGAGACGGUCAUCGCCAGACAACGCUCGGGAUGCGUCGCCUCUCCUGCCUCAGUUCACACCCGUGUGCAAAGCCUCUACACUUGGAGAAAUGUGGCAGAGAGAACUGAAAAGGUCUAUGACAGGGUGGCCGGCGAGGAGGUGCUUCCCCUGGACCGGCGCUUGCUCAGGCUGAGGACUCACUGUGGCCCGGUCGCCGGCUCCAUCUUUGCAUUUGUAGCCGUUCUAGACUUCCUCUUCCUGCUUCUGCUACAGUGGCUGUUCCCAGAUCAGGUCAUGGACGUUGCUGUGGAUGCCACGGGUCCACGCGGACUGUGGCGGCAGGGAAUGAAGAAGAAAGAAGGCCAUUCUAAAUGUGCCACGAGUCCACCAGCAGAAUCAGAAAUUCAGCACUGAAGAAUCCCGACCUCUGCUUCGCUGGAUAUUUAGACAAUGCUCUAGAUGAUUCCGGCUUGGGAUUUAAUUUUUGCUGCCAUAAAAAGGCUUAACACUUGUCGUGAUUCACUGCAGAUUCUGAACCAAUGCAGAAUUUGCUACUGUUAAAGUCAAUGAUGUUUACGUGUACCUGUCAAAGGGGACUUGACUGACCUUGGGGUUAAAGCACUUGAUAAAGGAUAUGAAGUGAAUAGAAACUACUGAUAAAUUGAACAAGAUAAGGUAUCCAUUAAUCCUUCAGUAUCUUUUUUAAUGUUAUUUCAAAUAUGGGUUAUAUUUAUUACACUUAAGAAGAGAGAUUAAAGGUCUGUGGGUUUUACGCUGACUCAUACGUUGGGAAAUGAGUAGAUCAUCUUAUCAGAGACAGAAGUGUUACAUCCUUCUCACGCUUCUUUUCCAUAAACGGUUUGAUGUGUAUCUUAUGUAGGACGAUGGAUUUGUCGGUGAAGUUCCCUGUUCUUUUGGAGCUUCAUACCACUUCUAAUGAUUUCCUCUGCUUCCUUUUUGUAUGAUAUUAGCUUUGUAUGCAACAUUUUUUAAUGUUUUUUUUUAAUCUUUUGAGA